AUGGAAAAGAACAUCUGCUAUCGGCAACAAAGGAGAAAAGAAGUCGUCUACGACGAUUGCGUACUCGAGGACUCCUUGUCCCAAGGUGACUGGCACAUCGAAGAGGACCCAAACGUGAACUACGAGAUGCUGCUCAGAGGAUUACGAGCCUGUGCUGAACGUGCCUCGAAGUCGCGCACGACAAACUUGGAUCGAAUUUCGAAGACCACCAAGGAAUUGUUAGGAAGAAGAAGGGCUUUGAGGCUUGAUCCGAAUGCAUCGCACAUUGAGCGGUUAGUAGCAAACACUAGCUGCAGAAAAGCGUUGCAGGAGGAUCUUUUGAAGUACAGGCAGAAGAAGAUUCUAGAAGCAGCACAAAGAAGAACGAGUCUAAAGGAGUGCCGCAGGGAUCUCCGCGAAUAUAAUAUUCCGCUAGCAACCUUGCUGAGCGAAGACGGGACUCGCAAGUCUUCUCGUCGUGAGAUGGAAAUCAUUACGGAAAGGUUCUACUCGAACCUUUUCCGUUCAUCAACUCCUGUGUCAAGUCUAAUCAUCCCCACUGGCGAAGCUCCAUCACGGAUUCUCCCUUCGGAAGUACGAGUCGCUAUCAAGAGCAUGAAACCUGACACAGCCCCCGGACCUGAUUUUAUAUCAGCAGACUUUCUUCGGGCUGGUGGCCGUCCGCGUCAUGUAAUCUUAGCAGCGCACAUGACAUCCUAUCUUCAGAAAGAAAGGAUCCCAGACCAGUGGAAGACCUCGCGAACCGUUCUUAUCCAUAAGAAAGGUGACUGA